AUGGUCAAGAUGAGGGGAAUCCUGACCUUGGGGUUCCUGUUGGCUACCCCCAGCUGCUUUGGCUACUGUGAGGACCCGGGCAAGUUUUUCCAGGGCCCUGAAUAUGAGUCCCUCCUCGUCACAGCCCGGGAGGGCCUCCAUCCCUCUCUGCUGGCCAAACUCGUGGUGGUAGCAGGGGCUGGCAUGUCAGGCUUGGUGGCAGCCAAGGCCCUGCAGGACAUUGGUCACCAGGAGCACUGCAGGCAGCCGGGGAACGUGGCCUUCCGCCUCCCACCCUCGCCCGCUCUCCUCUCUUCACCGCUGCAGCUUUACCGAGAUCACGGUGGCUUCAACCAGCUCCCCAAAGCCCUCAGCGCCAGCUUGAAGCCUGGUACCAUCCAUCUGGGCUCCAGGGUGGAGAUGGUAGUGAGGGAUGGGCCUGAGGUCCAGAUUUCCUACCCGGUGGGCGAGUCCAACUCAGCACUGCACAACCUCACCGCGGAUUUUGUCGUCAUCUCUGCUUCAGCCAAGGCCACGCGCCUCGUCACCUUCUCGCCACCGCUCUCCCUAGACAGGGUGGACGCGCUCCACUCGGCACGUUACACCAGCGCUACCGAGGUGGUUCUGGCUUGCAACGAGCCCUUCUGGGAGCAGGAUGGCAUUCGGGGCAGGGUCUCCAUCACCUACCAGCCUCGGCGGGAGAAGUACAUCCACUACCCCAGCCACAGCCUUCCCCGCGGCAAGGGCUCCGUCCUGCUGGCCUCCUACGCUGGGGACCAGGAUCCCCUCUUCUUCAUAGUGAAGCACGACCAGGUGGCGGAUAUCGCCCUGGAGGACCUGGCUGCUGUGCACCAGACACCCAAGGAGGGGCUGCGGCGCAUGUGCCGCUCCUCUGCGCUCAGGCAGUGCUCUCUGGAUCCCCUCGUCGCGGAAGCCUUCGUUGAGUUCACCCCGUACCAAUUCGAGGACUAUCCGCAGCGGCUCUUCCAGCCAGAGGGCCGCAUCCACCUUGCUGGCGAGUGCGCCUGCCUGCCCCACGCUUCAUAGACAAGCCUAUCCAUCACGACCGGCCUCCACGCAGCGAGGAACAUCCAGGCUGCUGUGGACGAGGAAGCCAGAGGAGGGAGAAGACCUUCGCCAACCCAACGCGGCCUCAACUGGACUGUGCGGGAGGUGGACCGAGCCACCGUGCCCAUCGUCAACUUCAGAGCCUUGCUCUCAGGCUCCCCGGGCCAGCGAGUGCGGGCUGACCGCGAGCUACCGGGAAACGUGGCGGACUAA